AUGGCCUCUUCGCGACUCUACCGCGAGGCUCGUCUCAAAUUUGUACACGAUGCAGAAGCACGCUACCAGGAUAGUAAGGACAUCAAUCUACUUCGAGAAUUCCUUGCGCAAAACGGUCGUCCUGAGGAUGCGCAGACGGCAGCCGCAAUACUCGGGCAGAAAGUGGCUGAAAAAUGGGGUACGAAAAGGAUAGGCAGUGCAGAAAUCCCAGCGGAAUGGAUCGAUACGCUCAGGGCCAACAUCGGCACUUUCGUUGCUGUUGGCAACUAUGCCAUGACAGGAGCACCAGAGAGUGUGGGCCUGGCCUGGUUUGCUGUCAAGCUCACGCUUUCUGCCAUUCAAAGCAACUAUGACCUGUAUACUCUUUUUGGAUCAGCCUUGACAGAUAUAUCAGAACUCAUGAUCAUAAUUCCGCACUAUGAUCGACUCUACGACGAGAGAUCAAAGGCGAGCGCAAAGAAUGAGUGGAAACCGAGCCCCGUAGUAGAGAAACUGUUCGAGGAUAUCAUACAUGCUUAUGCUGCCGUCCUCAGCUUCUCUUUCUCGAUCCAACGCCAUGUCAGACCUGGUACCCUGGCUAAAUUAAGACAUGGUAUUAAAGACUUCUUUGGUGCAUCGUUGGCAAAGUUCGAGGGGAAGAUGGCUGACAUCGCGUCUUGGAAGAAGAAGAUACUAGAGGAUAGCCAGGCGAUAUUCCAGGACAAAUCCUUACAUGAGCUUGAUGCCGUGAGAGACAUUGUUAGCGGUAUCGAAGCUACAGUGAACCAGAUUAGAAGUUUCCAGUCUACACUCGGGAAAAUGCACGAGGAACAAGCGCUGCAGUGGACGUAUGUGUUGAAGAGCAUGGAAGACAUCAAAUCCACAACGAAACCGAAAACUCCAUGGGACCUCGCCUUACAGAGUUUCGAGAAGAACAGGGAAGCUUUGAAUCCUCAAAAGAACACGAGUGAUGCUUUGGGGGAUGCGAUCGAUCAGCGCCAUCCUGGCACAUGUCAGUGGAUAUUCAAGUGUACGGGCUACGAUGAGUGGUGUAUGUCUCGAGGGAGUGCAUCGGGCAAGAAACUCAGCGCCGAAACGGUGUGCAACACAUUGCUCUAUCUACUGUAUGAGCGCGCAAGUCGUGAUGAGAACCAACUCAAACUCCUUGAAGUGUGUAACAAGGUUUUCGCACUAUCAAGGAAAGAGGACGACCGAAUCAAAGCGAUCACUAAGAGCAAUAAGGCAGUGACAUUGCCCGAAUUCGUCGAUGCCUUUCUCGCCAUCGCAUCACAACUACAAUCCAACAUCAUAGUCGCGUUGGACGAGGCAGACGGCCUCGAUGCCGAGGAUCAACGGGAACUGGCCAAAAAGAUAGAAGGCGUCCUCGCGUCACCUAAGGGGACGAUGCAUGAUCCACGAUCGGUGAAAUUUCUCAUAGGGUGUCGCUCAAUCUCCAAGUUCUACAGCCAGGUCCAGGACAUGACAGGACUAUCAUGGUCUAUAGAUGUUGGCAUUUUCAACGAUAAUGAUAUGAAGAAACAACUGCUAGAUGCACUGAAAGCCAUUCCGGGUCUCACAGAAGCAGAGCAGAAGGAGGCCACUUAUGCCAUUCUUAAGAAGGCUGGUCCUCGAUUCGCGUACAUUGGAACUAUCGCAAUACCUUUCAUGCGAGAACCAUUCCGGCGUCCACUUUCAAGCCGACUGCAAGAACUACCAGAAGGAAUGAACAGUAUUUACAACGAAGCACUCAGAAAGAUGGGUUCGAAUUAUGCUGAAUUGCUUCGCACAGCGCUUGUUUGGUCCUUACUUGCACCAGUCCCUCUACGAGACCACGAGAUAAUGGACAUGUAUCAUGGCACCUACUUCCGACACGGAUUGGAAGUGGAAGAAGAAGCUAAAGGACUUAUCGAGCGAACUUUCUUGAGAAGUUCCAAGCUCGAAAUUGAGCAGCUGCAGGACGCGCGAGGACCUUUCCUAAGACUUGACCUCGAGCCCUGGAGCGGUUACUACAUUGUAAACUUGGAAGACCCUCCCCAGAUACGCGAAUUCUGUCUGAGUGAGAAGGAAAAACAAUCUCGGGAGUCGGACAACGAAGCACACAUCUGUACACGUUGUAUGGCCGCGACAUCAGAGACUCAUGCUUUGACCAUCUCACCGAGAGACGGUCACCUGAAGCUUGCGCUAGAUUGUAUGCGAACUAUGAAUAAUGCGGUGUUUCAGAGACGAGCCACAUACAUGGACAUAACACCAUUAUGGUGCCAGGAUGCAACGUCAAGUGAUGUUCCAAACGUGGAAUUGCCCUCGCAAAACGACCAUAACGUUGUCUCCACAAAUGAAAACGCCACAGACACAGCAUUUGCCGAAGGAGGCGAAAGUACCUUGGAUGACCAUAGUACUGGAGAACAAUUGGGCGGAGAACUUGCGACCAGCAACAGGGUUGGUAGUCAUGAGGGAAUAUCUAGUGACAUGGUCCUAGACAAUGAUGAUCACUCUGUGAUUAUCCCAGAUGCUAUUGAUCUUGAUGAUUCACAGGAUGACGAGGACAGAGGCGAAAUUGACCUGAUCAAUCGAGACGAGAAAGUUGAUUAUGCAACUGACACACAGUCGUUGGAAUAUAGGAUGAGUCGCUAUGAAACAUUGUACUGGUCGUAUCAUAUUCAACAAGCCGAAGCACUGUGGAGUCCGGAGGAGCGAUCGAAGAGCAACCGCUGGACUGAACUGUUAGGAGAGUUGACGCAAUGGGUGACUAAGAACAAGAACUGGUUCAGUCGAUGGCAGUUGGAGCAGCCAUCAUUGUCUCGCCAUGAGGGCCGGCUCAAGCCUUUGCAUGUCGCUGCAUACUUUGGUUUGACAAGUUGGGCGUCUCAUCUCUUAGAGAGUGGUGCAGACAUUGACGAAGCUCCCGAAGGGGGAGAUGAUUCGCCCCUACAAGUGGCUGCCGAUAAAGAGAAUAGCAUCGAAAUGCUUCAAUUACUUCUAGAGAACGAUGCCAAUCCGAAUAUGGCCAGGGGCAGGUCCACCCCAACUGACUGGCUUUCCAUUGAAGUCCAGAAGUGGAUGCUUAACCGCUCAGAUUUGUCAGACAUUGAGCUCUUGCUUAAGCAUGGAGCCAAUCCAACACAGAUCGACCAAGCAGACUCAUGGACUGCGCUCCAUUGCUUCGCGUGGACAGGAGAAGAUCCGAGGGUCUUAGAAAUGUUACUCAAUCACACUGUUGACGGUGUAAAGCCCGACAUUAAUGCUCGUGAUUGGCGAGGGAAUACUCCAAUCCACUUUUUACUCUUGCGACGCGAUGUACCGAAAAUCCUUCUGAAAGCUUUCCUGCUGCAUGGAGCAGACAUUAACAACGAGAACAAUCACUCUGCUCGUCCGCUCCAUAUGGCCUGUCAAUAUGGGGAUCUGGAGAUUCUGAAGAUUCUGCAUGAGAGUAAGUCAAUCACCGAUAUUGACGACGAAGAUGACAGAGGAAGCACUGCUCUUCAUGAGGCUGCAGUGUACGGUCAUUCCAAGUGCGUUGAACUGUUAUGUAACGCGAACGCAAAUACAGACAUACAAACGAUCAAGUAUGGAAGAGCUGCCCUGCAUGAUGUGGCGUGGAUGGGAAACAAAGAGUGCGUGGAGAUAUUGCUGAAACACGGGGCGGACCCAAACAUACUCGACAAACACAAUCGAACACCACUCUUCUUCGCUUGUUUAGAUGUAGUCAACGAGGAGAAAGCCGAACUCUUGCUGGACACUUUGCUGGAGCAGAAUGUACCUCUAUCUGAGAUCAACAAGCUUACAAAACGGGGACGAACGCCGUUGCGCGAAGCUGCUGCACAUGGCUUUGAACACGUUGUCGAGAAGCUCAUCAAAACAGCCGAUUCAUCAAACGAUUCCGCAAGUUUGGCUCUGGAUACACGAGAUACCAGAAGAGGUAUGACACCAUUGCACCGGGCUGCUUGGCUCGGCAAAGCAGGCUGUGUGCGGCUUCUGCUCGAAGCGAAUGCCAACGUCACAAUACGAGACAAUAGCAGUGAAUACGGCAAAACUGCCUUGAUCCUAGCAUACGAGCACUGGGCGGGAGCAAGCCACCAAGGUGCAUUUGAGGACAUUGUGUCGCGGCUGGUCGACAAGGACCCAGAUGCAGCUGUAGCUGACCCCGAGCUCGCAGCUGUUUGUGCAAUUAACGGCAGCACCCAAUUGCUCCAACAGCUCAGUACAAUGGGCGCAGAUUUUAGUCGUCAAGACCAGUACGGUUGGACACCCAUGGAAUUGGCUCGCCACCAUCGCCAAGAGCAUGCCAGUCACUUCCUGAGGCAACAAGCCGCGUGGGCUGGCCUUGACAACUUCUACUUUGAGAUCACAAGCAAAGCGAAAGCUCGUGACAAUUCUGGCGCAAGCGAAACCUCCAAAGAAGUCUACCCUAUCGUGGGAAUCGGUUUCUGCACCAUCGGUGGUUCUGCCAUCCUCUUUCCAGGCUGGCCGCCUCGUGGCGCCGCGCCAAGCGCUCGAUCCUGGGGCUAUCAUGGAGACGAUGGUGCUCUUUUCGACAGUGGUUCGGAUAUUCAGCCAGUCGCAGUGGAGCUGCCGUACCAUGCAGGCGACACUGUUGGCUGUGGAGUUGAUCUAGCCACGCAGAAGAUGUGGUUUACGCAGAAUGGGCAUAAACUGGACAGCGAGUUUGGUAAUGUCAAGGGUAGACUGUUUCCAUUGCUUGGCUUGCGAGAUGAGGUUGAGAUAGAGGCCAAUUUCACAGGACCGUUUUUGUGGAAGGAUAGUGGUGGGGAAGAGGAUGAAGUCAAUAAUGAGAUCGUGAAGGUUGGAGCAGCUGCAUAG